AUGCUGUUUAGCUCCAUAACUAAAGCCACCGGGCUGUGGAAUCCACGGAAAAGCCCCUAUACUAUUCUUUGUGCCUUUUUUGUCGCUUUAAACUUCCUGUCUCUGGUAGCUGAAAUUAUAAUUCCAAGCGUUUGCGGGCCCUUUGUAGAUCGUUGUGUGACACAAAAAAGCCGCGCGACAAAUGUGACAAGCAAUAAUGACAAUGCCAGUGAAUCCAAUGCUGCCAAGAUCUACGAAAUAACAUUGGCAUUCGAUGCGUGGAACGCUUUAUCUGACACAAUGACAUACAUUCUUUUAAUCCACACCUUAUGCCGCGUACAACAACAAAUGCCCUUGCUUUCUCUUGCCUCAGCGAAAGCGAAAGUGUCACGACGCGAGUGGUUGUUUAUUAACGUGAUGUUCAUUAUUUGCUCAACUACUAUAACUAUUGCAAGCGCACUUCGAAUAUCGAUUGUCGAAUCCAGCAGAAUGAGGUUUUACGGAACGUUCGGUUCGGGUGUUUUAAUUGUUUACCUGACAGCAUUCAUAUGUACUUGCGUGUUUGUAGUGUUGACAUGUGCGAUGAGUAGUUUAGUCGAUGUAUGUUUCAAUGAAAUUUGUUCUAUGAGUCACGCAACACUUAAUAAGAUCAUCGCCUUACAUCAGAAGUUGUGUGGCCAACUUUCGACCGCCUCCCAAAUUUUAGCACCAUGGUUUCUUGUUCACUGGCUAAUGUUUGGUGCUAACUGUAUUGCAGUAUUUGCCUUCGAUUCCAUGCAUUUUGAAUUUUUAACUCAUAAGUUUAGUGGUGCACCUACUGUGUUUAUGGCGGUAGCUUUUGUCCUUAAUUUUGCUUUAUUUUUGGUACCGUGUGUUUUUGCGUCAAGGGUGACUUGGAAGUGCGAAGCUCUCCUGUUCAAACCGAACAACAUGACCGCGAGAGACUGGAACGAGGAGCACCCUUUUUGUGAACGCACCAAUGUGAAUGCAUUUCUAUUUUAUGCUGAACGGAGUAAGUGUGGAUUUCAG